AUUCUUUUUGUGUAAAAAAUGAUAGCGGGGCUUUGAAUAUCAACGAACUUUUUCUUUAGUUUAUUUGUCAAAGUCUAUAACAAAAUAGCCUAAUUCAUAAAUUUCUAAUAAAUAAAUAUCAUGUGUGUUUUUAUUCACUUGACUAUGUUCUUUCUUUUUAUCACAAUUUUCGGAAGCACAUUGGCUGUGCCAUUGCUGAGAAGCCAAGAUUCUGCUAUUGCAUCAUCUUCAAGAGUAGCUUUGAUUCAGAGAGUGCGCAGACAGGGUCCUGUAGUUCAGCCAAGUUGGUCUCUCAAUUCAGAUUUUGGUCUAUUUGAGGACUAUAAUGUAAGGGUUACAGAUGAGAAGCUUGAAGAGACUGAAGCUAUAAGAGACUACAUACAGGGAACUGUCGAUAAUGGAACUUAUGUUGUUGAGCUAGACGAAGGUGAUUUUGAAGAAGAAGGACGCUCUACUGAUGUCGAAGAAGGCGAAGAAAUUCCUGCGGAAGACAUAUCACAACCGGAGCCUGAGCUCGAGCCUGAGGUCGCACCUCCAUCCCCUCCGGCACCUAGGACCGAGCCACUACAACCACCACCUCCACCAUCUGAGCCCACACCAAAAACAAAACAAACCAAUGAACCAAAACCGGCAGCCAAUAAACCGUCCAAUUUCUUCAGCCGCUUUAAAUUUACCCCAAGAAGAAAUUCCCAAAUAUCGGAUAGACCAUUCUUCAUUUGGCUUAGAAAAAGUUUUUCAAGUAAAUGAU